GGCUGCUUGUCAGAGCCACUGACUGACUGACCGACAGACUGAGUGCAGCUCUCUCUCUCUCUCUCACACACACACACACACACACAGAGACAGAGAGACAGAGACAGAGACAGAGAGGCAGCGGGGGAGAAGAGACAGUUAAAUGUGCCGUUGCCAAGGAGACGCUGACAAGUAAGGAGGCGAGGAGGAUUCCCCAGUCGGGCAGACCUGAGGAGAGGAACAUCUGAACCAGCAUGGACCGCCAGAUGCAGCAGCACGCCAAGGUGGAGCGGUUCCUGAAGCUGGGCUACUCGCACAGUGACAUCCUGAGGGUGCUGGAGAGCCUCCGCCACGACGCGCAGACCAACGACAUCCUGGAGGAGCUGAUCAAGACCUGCCACACUCGCACCAGCGACAAGAGCAGCCCGGACAGUCCGAAACUGGUGUCCAGAGGCUGCAGCCCCGGACCCAGUCAACCCAGAGCCGGGUCGGACAGAGAGCCCGUCGCUGGCUUCAGACCAGUGGUUAUAGAUGGAAGCAACGUGGCCAUGAGCCAUGGCGACAAGAAGGUGUUUUCGUGCCAGGGCCUCCAGCUGGCGGUGAGCUGGUUCUGGGACAAAGGGCUGCGAGACAUCACUGUGUUCGUUCCCCUGUGGAGGAAGGAGCAGCCGCGACCUGAGGCGCCUAUCACAGAUCAACAUGUCCUCCAUGAGCUGGAGAGGAGGAAGAUCCUGGUGUACACGCCGUCUCGCUGCGUGAACGGCAAGAGGGUGGUGUGCUACGACGACCGCUACAUCAUCAAGCUGGCCUUCGACUCGGACGGCAUCAUUGUGUCCAACGACAACUACCGUGACCUGCAGACGGAGAAUCCCCAGUGGAAGAAGUUCAUAGAGGAAAGGCUGCUGAUGUACACCUUCGCCAAUGACAAGUUCAUGCCUCCAGAUGAUCCUCUGGGUAGAAAUGGUCCCACCAUUGAUGAUUUUCUGCGAAAGAAGUCGUGGACCACGGACAACAAGCUGCAACACUGUCCUUACGGAAAGAAGUGUACUUAUGGAGUCAAGUGCAAGUUCUACCACCCGGAGCGGGCCAACCAAUCGCAGCUCUCUGUGGCCGAUGAGCUGAGGGCGCUGAGGGACAGAGCCAAGAACUUCUCGCCUAAACCGAGCCUGCAGGACACGCACUGCCACCCUGCUGUGUAUCAGCCCGAGCUCAGAUACAUUUCGUCUACCCCUCCACCUCUGAGCGUAGAGGAUCAAUCCCACAGAGUUUCUCCCAGCGAGCAGUUCAUCUAUCACAGAGACGCCGGCAGCCCUAGAAGCCAAACCAACUCCAGCCUCCACCUCUGCCCGAGCCCCGAAAUGGACGAGGCGUUCGGCUCCAUGGAGAGCUCCAUGUCCAGGCUCUACAUCCAGGAUGCUCCCUACAGCAUGGAGCGUCCUCCACACAGCUACAGCAGCGGAUUGGCCAGCUACAGCCUGAGCCACGACGACUACUCCUUCUCAGGGUCCUUCGGCGGGAACACCCAGAGGCCCUGCCUGGGCGGGGGAGGUUACUACCCUCAUCAAAACGGUUCGUUGCCCUGCGAACACCCCGUGUGCAGCCAGUGCAGGUGCGGUCACCAGGAGACGAGGAUGUGCCACCACCAACACCCAGCGUGGGGCUCCUGUCCCGCUCUGCCUCCACAUAACGGGGAGCAUCCUGGCCGGAUUUCAGAGAAGGAGUACUUGAGGCAGCCCUCCUACAGACAGAGCCACAGCCUACCAAGGGACCCGUGGGUGCAGGGGAGAGCCAAGAGCCCGUCCACGGAGCAGAGGAAGGGCCUGAGGAGCCAGCUGAGCACCCUCUUCCCUCAGGGCACGGUGGAGCAAGUUAUGAAUGCUUACCCACACAUCUCAGACAUGACUGAACUGAUUUCUCUCAUCCAGAGCUACAGGUCCGCCUUCUAGAUUAGAAAGGCUUUUUUUUUUUUUUUUUGACUCAAACUGAGUCCACACCGGAGUUCUCAUCCCGGAAGCAAAGUGAAAACUAAAAAAUAGAGAACGUUUUUAGUUCUCUUGAUUAGUAGUUGGAAGAAGUAUCUCUUUUGCGUGAACAUAUUUCCACAAUCACCUUUAUUUUUAGCAUUAAAAGUGACUCAAUCUGAUAAAGUCUUGAAAAUGUAGCAGACCCAAUGCUAUUUCUCUAAUAUAAAAGUGCAAUGCACUACGCUCCAUACAUGCUACUUAUUGUAGCAGCGUUUAAAUCGUUUAUUAAAGCAGCAUGUGUUGUUUUCUCAUGUUGCCUCAAAGUGAGGAACUCUAUUAUACUAUUCUGCACUUGUGUAAAGAAAUGCCAUUGACUUGUUUGAAUAUGAAUUCUGUGUUUUUAGCUGUCACUGUGAAAUAAAAGCACUCA